CAGGUCCCGCCCUAAACGCACCAGGCACGGGCGAAGGGACCGUGAUCUCAGCCCGGGACCCCGGCUUCGAGGCCGCCGCAUGGGGCUGCCGCAGCCCGGGGCGCCUGCUGCAAGCCCGUUCCGCGCGUCCGAGGCGCUCGAGCCACGGGAGCUGAAACCUGAGCACUGGGCCCAUGGCCCUCGGGGAGGAGCAGGGGGCCGCCCCCGAAGCUGAGCCCUCCAGCCGAUGGACAUGCAAGCAGCAGGAGGGGGACGCCCUGAGCCCCCUGAGCAAGGAGCAGCCGCCCCGCCUGGAAGCUGAGGGGGGCCCUGCCUCCCCCGUCUGGGGGGCUGAGGGGUGCCCAGCGCCUGCCUGCAGCAGUGGGGCAGUCUCCCAACUGCAGGCCAACAGCCCCGGCCGAGAGCCCGCCCCCGGGGGUCUGGUGCCUCCUGGGGAGCCACUACUGCCUGCACGAGGACAGAUGGAGGAGGCCAGACCCUUUGCCCCCGAGAUGCUCCCUCAGAGCCCCCCAGUGGCAGAAAUGACCUCCUCUCUUUGCUCGGGACACAGCGCUGACAUGGAGGAGCACCCGUCGAGGUGGAGGGAGGCGGGGAGUCCCCGGGCCUCUGGCCCUCUGUGUGCCGUCAGCAGUCUCCAGGGCGGCUCCCCCGCCCAGGUGGCCUCUUCCUGGGAGCUGGUGGUCCCGCCUGGCACCCCGUCUGCCCUGGGCCCGGGCCCUCAGCUGCAGUGGCCGUCACAGCCCCUGUCCUCCAGUGUUGAGGAGCCCGCACUGGGCAGAAGACGUCUUUCCUACCAGGCCGAGUACUGGGCCUGCGUGCUGCCAGACUCACUGCCCCCCUCCCCUGACCGCCGCUCCCCGCUCUGGAACCCCAACAGGGAGUACGAAGAGCUGCUGGACUACACCUACCCGCUGAGGCCUGGCCCUCAGCUCCUGAAGCACCGUGCCUGCCGCAUACCAGCUGACCCAGCCCUGCAGGACUCCGGGGUGGACCUGGACAGCUUCUCUGUCUCCCCCGCGAGCACCCUCAAGUCCCCCACAAACAUCUCCCAUAGCUGCCCGCUAGCAGAGGCAACUGCCCUGUCCUUCUCGGGGCCCGCUGAGCCCCACCUCAAGCGGCUGUCCUCCAGAGCACCCCCGAAGCAGGGUGGCCCGGGGCUCACGUCAGGAUCCCCGUUUGCCUCGACCCCCAUUGCCACUGGCAGUCGGGAUGGUCCCCAGGAGAGCCGAGAGCCAAUCCCAAGGCUCCCGGCGGCCUGCCUGCCCAGGGACAGACGCCUCGAGCUGGGCGCCCAGCUGAAGACCUGGAACAGGCCCGCCCCCCGGCCAGGAAGCAACAAGGGGGGCCAGCAGAGUGAGGGGCGCCCAGGGUGGCGAGCUGAAGCGGAGGUGGAGAGUGACGACGAAUACCUGGCCCUGCCCACUCGGCUCACACAGGUCUCCGGCCUGGUCGCAUACCUGGGUUCCAGCCCUGCCCAGGGGAGCCCGCCCCUGGGGCCUGCCAAUGCUCAGAGCUCCUCAGGGGCCUCGGACAGUGAGGGACCCACUUCCCUCCCGUCGGACUCCAGCCAAAGCCAACUGCCCUCUGGGGCAACCCUCAGAGGGGCCGGGGCCCCAGCGGCCCAGAGCCCCUGUUUCCUACGCCCCUUUGUCCAGGCUCGGGACUCUGCGGGGGCUCCGUGUGUGCUGAGCAGCCAGGAUCGGGGAGUCUCCGCAGGACUGCUGAGGGCGGCCUCCUCCCCAUUGGGCCCGCAGGUGGGAGGGCCGCCUCGAGAGGGAGGAGAGCAGGGGAGAGAAUCGUUGCUGCAGUGCGUGAAGACAUUCUGCUGUCAGCUGGAAGAGCUGAUCCUCUGGCUGUAUAAUGUAGCAGACAUUACCAACCACUUGGCACCACCCAAGUCCAAUCUUACAGGUCUCAAGUCUUCUCUGCAGCUUUACCGGCAAUUUAAGAAAGAUAUAGAUGAGCACCAGCCCCUAACGGAGAAUGUCUUACAGAAAGGAGAAAUUCUUCUUCAGUGCCUGUUGGAUAAUACCCCAGUGUUAAAAGAUGUCCUCGAGAGAAUCUCCCAGCAGCCCAGUGCGCUGGAGAGCCAUGCAGACCACCUGUAUGACUCUCUCCUUGCCUCCCUGGAUGUGCUGGCUGGCUGCACUCUCAUCCCACAGAGUACACCGAGGACACACCCAGACACGGACUUGAAGUUCAGCCUGGCAUCUCCUCAGGCAGAGAUAUAAUCUAUGAAGUCAAAAUCUGGUUGGUGGGAAACUUUCAGGAAGUUCUUUCAGUAAGAGCCAUGUUAACACUGAACUAUCAAGAGGGAAACACCUCUAAUGUACUAGAGCUUUAGAAUGCCUUUCUCUUCCCUUAAGUAAGGUUGUUAAAUUACUUUUUUUAAUUUAA